GAAAUGGCCUUCUUCGGCCGUUAACUCGUUAGCUAUCCGGAAAGCUAGUGUAACAAACUGCGCGUCUCACUACGGCGGAAACGGCAGUGGCUGUGUGAGAAUCUGAGGUAACCGAGUGCUAGUGAGCUAGCAGCUAGCUAACGAACACAGGCACACAGACAGGGGGCAGGCGGGGUGUGAAUUCAGGCAGGUGAGCGCACAGUGUCAGGGGGGCGCGUACCCGUGUUUCGAAGGCCGACGUGAUUUAAAUUUUAAGGGAGCGAGUUUGACGGGGUCGCUGCUGUGCGGGCCGGGUGGGACAGUCCUGUGUCUGUCCGGGGUUGAGGCGCCCGGAAGGGAAGGGAACGGAACGGAAGAGACGAGACGAGACUAGGGGCAGAUUGAGAUUCUCGUCCGGAUCUUUGUCCUCGCCCUUUCCCUCCUCCUCCUGGUCCCGGUUCCGGUGCGAACCAUCGCCGAACAUUGUGAACGCGCUGCGGAGGGAGAGUGGGGCCGCCAGCAGAUGCAGAACAGGAACGAGCACUGAUGUAGCGGCGACGCCAGGACCCCUCGUCUGCCUCUGACUCCCUCCGGCGCCCUGGAAUGGAUGUGCGGCAUGCCACACCCCCUCCCAUGCUCCCCCAUCCCUCUUGCACCCCAGGCGGAAGAAAGGCUCCAGACACCUAAUCAAUACCAAGUGACCAAGGAACAAGUGCGGAGACACUGCAGUUUGCAAUAAAACUGGAUGUGUGAGCAGGCAGAGAAGAAAGAGUGUCCUCCUGCAUCUUUUUUCCCGACCCCCCACCAAAAACACAGGCUGUUGCUCUGUUUUGUGUUUUUUGUUGUAUUUUUGGGAGUUGUUUCAAAUUUUGCUGCAGAAAUCCUUUAGACCCACACACACACACUUUUUUUUCUUCUUUUUUUUUGUGGGGUUUUUUUUUUCUUUUUGGUGCAGUGCCCUUCUGUUGCUGGUUUUUGUGAAUCGGAACUGGGCCCAAGGUUCGUGGGAUGCGACCAUGUCAGAGCCCAGCGAGAGCACACCUGUCAAUACGGACUACGCUGUCUCCCUGCUGGAGCAGCUCCGGUUCUUCUAUGAGCAGAAGCUGCUAACGGAUGUGGUGCUGAUGGUGGAGGAUGCUGAAUUCCCCUGCCACAAGAUGGUGCUGGCCACAUGCAGCUCCUACUUCAGGGCCAUGUUCAUGAGCGGCCUGAGUGAGAGCAAGCAAACACAUGUGAGCCUCCACAACGUGGACCCCGGGACUCUUCAGAUCAUCAUCACCUAUGCGUACACGGGCAACUUGGCCAUAAGCGACAGUACAGUGGAGCCCCUGUACGAGACAGCCUGCUUCCUACAGGUGGAGGACGUGCUGCUGCAGUGCCGGGACUACCUGGUCAAGAAGAUCAAUGCGGACAACUGCGUGCGAAUGCUGAGCAUCGGUGACUUGUUCAGCUGUGCCGAGCUGAAGCAGAGCGCCAAGCGCAUGGUGGAGCACAAGUUCCCGGCCGUGUACCGGCAGGAGGCGUUCCUGCAACUGUCCCAUGAGCUCCUGGUGGACGUGCUGAGCAGCGACAACCUCAACGUGGAGCGGGAGGAGACGGUGCGUGAGGCGGCCAUGCUGUGGCUAGAGCACGACAUGGAGUCACGCUCGCAGCACCUGUCCUCUGUGCUCAGCCAGAUCCGCAUCGACGCACUGUCUGAGGUGACGCAGCGCGCCUGGUUCCAGGGCCUGCCACCCAACGACAAGUCAGUGGUGGUGCAGGGCCUCUAUAAGUCUAUGCCCAAGUUUUUCAAGCCGCGUCUGGGGAUGACCAAGGAGGAGAUGCUUAUCUUUGUGGAGGCAUCGUCCGCAGAGGCGCCAGGCGACGGAAGCCCGGCGGGGGGCGGUCACGCCACCGUGUGCUACAGCCCGCAGGCCGAGAAGGUGUACAAGCUGUGCAGCCCGCCGGGGGACCUCCAGAAGGUGGGCACCCUGGUGACCCCAGACAAUGACAUCUUUAUUGCUGGUGGCCAGACGCCAGUGAAGACCCCCAUCGCUAACCAUGGCAAAGGAGGCAAGCUGCAGGUUGCCUUCCGUUCAAUGGCCAGCUUCUUCUGGUUGGAUGCCCAGCAGAACACAUGGGUCCCCAAGACGCCCAUGCUGUGCGCCCGCGUGCGUCCCUCUCUGGUGCACUGCGAGGGCUUCAUCUACGCGAUAGGUGGUGACGCUGCGGGUGGCGAGCUGAAUCGGCGCACAGUCGAGCGCUAUGACCGCGAGAAGGACGAGUGGAGGAUGGUAAGUCCGCUACCGUGUGCCUGGAGCUGGAGCACUUGUGUAGCAGCCCGUGGCUGCAUUUACGCGAUGACCCACGACUUGACAUACUGCUACUUCCCGCGCGCUGACGCCUGGGUGGAAAUGGCUACGCGCCGCACCAGCCGCUGCUUUGCCUCAGCUGCCGCUUUCGGCGACCUCAUCUUCUACGUGGGCGGCCUCCACGUGGUCAGCAACUCGGGCCUCCGGUUGCCCCUGAGCACAGUGGACGGCUCCUCAGUUGCCGUGGAGAUCUACGACGUGAACAGAAACGAGUGGCGAGCGGGCGCCAGCGUGCCGGCCAAACGUUACUCGGAGCCGUGCGUGCGGGCGGUGGUGCUGCUGGGCACGCUCUGCAUUUUCGUGCGCGAGACGCACAUGAACGAGCGUGCUCGCUAUGCCAUCUACCAGUAUGACGCAGAGCUGGACCGCUGGCAUCCACGUCAGCCCAUCUCGGAGCGUGUGCUCUGGGACCUCGGAAAGGACUUCCGCUGCGCCGUAGGCAAGCUCUACCCCUCCUGUCUGGAGGAGUCUCCCUGGAAACCCCCCACAUACCUCUUUGCCCCGGACGGAGCUGACGAAUUCGAGGUGGACGGUGAAAUAGUGUCCCUCCCCCACGUAUAGAUAGCUUCCCCAUUGCCUCCGGCUUGGGUCCCAAGUGGGUCGUGCUUUUUGUUCGGUUGCAUCCGAAUAAAAUCCAGAGCCAAAACGUAUUCCAGGUGUUACCUGCACACCCAACCCCUCUCACCCCAUCCACCACCUUCCCAGGACUCUGCAACUGCCCCUUUUGCCCAAAUGCGCCUGCCUUCUGCAGGAGGGUGUCCCUCAGACUGACCAUAAACAUGCAUACAAAUGGUUACCUUUAACUAGUAGGGGUUUUUUUUUUUUUUUUUUUUUGCCAGUUGCAACUUUUCAAGUAUCAGUAUAGGUCUGUUGUACUAUUACUACAAUGUGAUAAUGAGAAAGCAGAAUGAAAAGUGAUUAAUCGUGAUAAUGCACUUACUGGAGAACCACGUCACAGCAGUGUUCACAACUGUACCUUCUCCUCCUCGGCCUCCCAGUCUCAUCUUUCCCCUCCACUGCGUACAGGAGGCGGAGGGACGCAACGGUGGGCCAAGGUGUAGCAUCCGCAGAGGCGACCGCAGGUCCGGUCACCGGCGACAGCUCAUCCAUGCCACACCCCACCCCACCACUUCCUCCUCACAGGUCUUCCACGUAGCUGGCGGUUUACAGAUGCACCGUCGUCUUCUCCCUCUCACGCUGUUGACGUUGAAAUAGGAUUUUUUUUUUUUUCUUUUUUUUCCUCCCUUUGUGGGGGUGGGUCGCUCACCGAUGGAUAUAUGGCGGGUCACCUCACUCACGCCUCCACUAUCUGUACUACAGUAAACUUGGCUCAUGCAUACGAUUAACAAUGCUGCUGAUACGGAGAAUAUCUAUUUUUCAUAUGUUGAAACAAAUGUUAGUGCGGGAAUGGAGGGAAAAUAACCAGGUCUAUUUUGUAUUAGUUUUUAUUUAAUAUGGAUCAUUACUGUAGUGUGAUUGUGUAGAUAUCCAUUAUUUUUUAUUCCUCCUUGUGAGUGAACUGUUAAAUGGUGGUGUUGUGGGUUGGGCGGGGGGGGGGUGGGCUGAGGGGACAUAACCCUGGGUAGGGUUCCAGAGAUCAUCCCGUCAACCACUAGCAGUGGAAGAGUUCGAGUGGGGGGGUGGGGGUUUCCCUCUAACCGUCACAUGAGCACAGGUGCUUCAUGACAAAUGUUACUAAGCAUGUUCGGCUGCAUCAUGUUCCUUUGGCACUGUAUUUUGAAUGACAUUAAUUUAUUCAAAAAAGAAAGUGAAGAAAAA